AUGUCUGCGCCACCACCGUCCGCAGCAGCUGGCUCAUCAGCAGAAGCUCAGGCAGCAGCAUUCGCCGACGACCCAAGGGUGUACUUCAACAAAGAAUCCAAUACAUGGCGACUGGAACAAGAGGAUGGCCCCGAACUUGAAUACGACUCCACGAGAGGCACCUGGGAGCCAGUCCUGGAUGACCUUAUCAAGCGACAGCAAGCGGCAUACUCAGUGGCCGGGGUAGAUGAAGAGACCCCAGCAGCCCCAGUACUCAAACGGGAAAACAAGAAACGGAAAGUACAGGACUAUACUUAUGCGCCCACCGAAGGAGAACCCUCGUCAAAACGGGGCAAGAACAACCAGGAGCGGAAAUCCAAGAACACCGCAGUCUACGUUACUGGUCUACCACUGGACGCUGAAGCCGACGAGAUUGUGGCGAGGUUCUCAAAGUGCGGUGUGAUCGAGGAGGAUGAUAACGGCGAGCCCAAAGUCAAGAUGUACGCCAAGGAGGAUGGAACGUUCAGUGGGGAAGCUCUAGUCGUCUACUUCAAGGAGGACUCUGUCUUGUUAGCGGAGAACCUUCUGGAUGAAGCGGAAUUGAGACUUGGGGAUGCUUCUACUGUAAUGAGGGUCCGGCAAGCAGACUUCACGCACAAGAACGAGAACAAAGACGGGGUAUCCCAACCACGUCGGGUGGUGGACAAGAAAGCAGCAACACGGCGGAUAGGAAAGAUGCAGAAAAAGCUGAAUGAAUGGGGCUUUGACGACGGCUUCGGGCCACAGCCUGACCCUGAAGAUAAGCCAGUGCCCAGAACGAGCCGUGUUGUAGUUUUGAAGCACAUGUUUACCAUCGAGGAACUAGAAAAGGACGCCACGCUGCUACUAGAUUUGAAAGAGGAUGUCCGAGAGGAAUGCUCAACGCUGGGAGAGGUGACGAAUGUCACUCUUUAUGAUAAAGAGCCAGAGGGUAUCAUGACCGUCAAGUUCAAAGAUCCCUUAAGCGCCCAAGCCUGUGUUAUUAAAAUGAACGGGCGUUUUUUUGACGGGAGGAAGAUAGUAGCAGAGCUCUUCGUCGGAAGACAACGGUUCAAACGAAGUGAUGCAAAGGAUGACUACGGCGAAGGAGAAGAGGCAGAGAAGAAACGACUGGACGACUUCGCCCAAUGGCUCAUGCAGGAAGGCGAAUAA